AUGUUGCUCUCCUCCUCAGGUUUUCUGGCCUCUGGUGCUGUGGAGGUCCAGCCCUCUGUCAACCCUGCUGUAGUCGGGGACACAGUGACACUGUCUCUGUCUCCACUGGCAAAUCCAAGGAGCGGAAGGUGGGCAGUGGGAGAGUCCCUCAUCCUCACCUGGCUGGGGGACCAACAGGCGGUUGUCCCCACUUACAAUGGCAGGGCAUCAGUCAACGUCCUCACUGGUGCUCUCAUUCUGACCUCCGUCACUGUGGCCGACUCAGGAGUCUACGUGGUGCAGAGCGAUGACCCCCAGCUUAGGGCCAACGUUUCCAUCACUGUUCUGGAACGCAUCACAGAUGUAACACUGAAGGCAAAUCAAACCGACUUUGUGGAGUUCAACAGUUCAGCAGUCAUUGUGUGCUCUGUCUCCUCCGGAUCCUCCCUCUCUUUCCUCUGGAUGAACGGCAGCUCUGAGGUUACAGCCAGUGACAGAGUUCAGCUCACUGAUGGAAACUCCACUCUCACUGUAGUCAAUGUGACCCGCUAUGACCAGGGACCAUUCAGAUGUGGUGUGUUCAAUCUUGUCAGUAACAGCACCAGUGAUCCAGUUAACUUUACCAUCAGCUACGGCCCAGAUAACAUGGCUCUCACAGUGAACGGACAGAACACAACUUCCUUUUUGGUUGGGUCCAAUCUGACCAUGCUCUGUUCAGCACAGUCAAAUCCUCCAGCUCAGCUUCAGUGGGCUUUCAGAGGAGAGUUAGUGAACACCACAGGUCCAUUGUUGGAGCUGUACAGCGUCACCGAGGAUCAAAGUGGUCCAUACUCCUGUCUGGCCUUAAACAAUCACACUAACAUUAACAGCAACGUCACCUCACACGUCAUGAUUGCAAAGUCUCCGUUCUCAGGAUCUGAACAACAGGCAGUCAGUGUGUGGCUCCUUCCCCUGCUGCUAUUGGUGGGAUUCCUCCUCUCAUUGCCAGAUGUUGGAGGCUCAUCCAGUCCAUGGAUGACUUUGAUGCAAAAGUUGCAGAAUGACAGAGAUCAUGUGUGCUGCCAGAGCAUAUAUGCCUCUGAGAACCCCUUACCCGUGGGCAGCAAUGUCACACUAUACAGCCAGGCCGUUGUCACUACAGGUGUAUGGAUGUUCGAGACCAACCUCAUUGUGAUGAUAUUUCCAGGAAGUAUAAUCAUACAUGACACUUGGCGUGACAGGGUUUCGUACAAUUCAACCAGUUCAGCACUGACUAUAAAGUCACUACGACUGGGAGACUCUGGAUUGUAUACAUUACAGACAGUGAAUUCCUUUCGUGGUCAGCUAACGCUGUCAGUCCAAGUGCCUAUUUCCAACGUGACCCUGAAGGCAAGAGCAACCAACCUGGUGGAGUUCAAUGACACAGCAGUUCUCAUGUGCUCUGUGUCCAGUGGCUCGUCCCUGUCUUAUGUUUGGCUGAAGGGCCACCAUGAGGUGACAGCCGGCGGGAACGUACAGCUCAGCAAUGGAAACGCCACUCUCACCAUAGUCAGCGUGACCCUUUACGAUGAGGGGCCGUUCAAGUGCAGUGUGUCCAACGGUGUCAGCAACGAAAUCAGUCCCUCUGUAUAUCUGAACAUCAGUUAUGGUCCAAGUAACACAACAAUGAUAAUCAUGCCCAUGGUAUCACCCUACAUCUACAGGACAGGGUCUAAUAUCAUGCUGUCAUGCACAACAGUGUCCAAACCCCCAGCAAUGAUCCAGUGGAUGUAUAAUGGGAUGUACCUAAAUGAAUAUGGCUCACAGAUUCAGCUAUACAACAUUACAGAGAGCGACUCAGGAAGUUACAAAUGUGUGUUUCACAACACAGUCACAUCCAGGUUCAGCAGUGUGAGUUCAAUGCUCUGGAUGUUAGAUCCACUAGAAGUAGUUGUGGUGAAUCAUACCGGUGGACCACCAAUACUUCAUGAGCCAUUCACUCUGCAUUGUGAAGUGACCGGAACUGUUGACAGAAUUCAGUGGUGGAGGAACUGGCAGCUUAUUUCCCCUAAUGAUACAAUCAUAUUCAACAUGAACAACAAGACAAUGACGUUCAACCCAGUCCAAUAUUCAGAUAAUGGACAGUACAGGUGUCAGGCUUUUAAUUCUGUAAGCAACAUGACCAGCAGCCCCUACACAGUCGACGUAAAAUAUGGACCGGGGAUGCCAACUAUCAUGGGACCAUCUGUGGCGAAGACAGGAUAUAGCAUCACAUUCAGCUGCCACGCAUCAUCAAACCCCCCCAGCCACUACAGGUGGUACUUCAAUGAUUAUCCAGUGGCCAAUACAUCUGAGUAUGUAACACCUCCUCUUACCAGAAAUAUGAGUGGGAUGUACACUUGCCUGGCCUACCACGACAUCACCGGCCAAAACAAGACUGCAUACACGAUGCUCACUGUUGUUGACCCAAUAGAAGAUGUCCAAGUAGAAACAACAAUGUAUCCUCCCAAAGAGGGUUAUCCAUAUAUGCUGACAUGCAAUGUGACUGGACCUGCAGACUAUAUUUACUGGAUGAAGGAUGGUAUGAAACUGCACAAAGACAACAGAACUGUUUUCAACAUGGAUAACAAGACAGUCACCUUCAACCCACUAAAACGCAAUGAUACAGGAUACUACAACUGUAUGGCUAUGAAUGCUGUUGGAAACAUGACCAGCCCUCCUCACAAGCUCCUCGUGUACUUUGGACCCGAGACACCCGUCAUUCAUAUGCCAAGUUUUGCUGAGACAGGACAAUUCGUGACCUUCACCUGCUCUGCCAUGUCAGUGCCUCCCAGUCAGAUCAGCUGGUGGUUCAAUGGCACCGAGGUGGCCAACACAUCAGUGUUCACAACUCACUGUUUGUCUUUAAACAUGAGCGGAGAAUACACCUGCAUGGCAUACAAUAAUGUGACGGGAAAGAACAGCACAAGUUUCAAGAUGCUCACAGUUAUUGAGGCCAUAGAGUCAGUGAUGAUCAAAAACAACACAAUUCCAAUAGACACUGAAAGCUUUACUCUAACCUGUGAAGUUGUUGGGCCCUACGACAUGAUCUACUGGAUGAAGGACGACAUGUACCUCAACAUAAACAGCUCUGACGCUAACCCACACAUGCACUACCACAUUGAAAACGACACGCUGCACUUCACUCCGGUGACAAUGUACAAUGACGGGUCGUAUCGGUGUGUCGCUGCCAAUCAGGCUGCUAAACAUAAAAGCCCCACGUACAUGCUCCUGGUGAAUUAUGGCCCUCUGAGUGUGACCAUCACCGGUCCAUCCCUAGGAACAUCAGGCCUCAGCGUGUCUCUGAGGUGCUCUGCUGAUUCCCGACCAGACUGCGACUUCUACUGGUUCAUAAACAAUACGUCAUCAGAGGUUAUAGGGAAUCAUGCUGUUAUCACUUUCCCUGCAACAAAAGAGAAUGAGGGGAACUACAUAUGUAAAGCGAGGAACCCUGUGACCAACAUCACGCUGUACAAGACUAAAGCUUUCAGUGUCACUGGUCACGCCUCUGCCAUCCACUUCCCAUGCAGAGGCAGUCUGAUGUUGAUUGGUCUGUUUGCCUUGCUGUUCAACUGAGUCAUCAACACUGAGAAAUCCAGUCAGAGUUAAAAGGCCUCUUGCGCCCUCUACAGUCUUUUUUUUAAAAAACAAAAAACAAAAAAACAACAACAAUCUUACUGUAAAACUAAUGCUGAUUGCAUGCUGACAUUGAAAUGGCAAAAUUAUCUUUUUAUUGCUGUUUCUUCUUGGCUUUUUAUGUUAAAUGUUUUUAUUAUUAGCAUGUAAAAAUAGCUGUCACUGUCCUAGAGUUAGUUCAAUAAAAAUCUUUUCAUAUACUUUUCAUAGUUUAACAAGGGGAAACAAUGAAAAGUGUCUUAAUCUAAAAUAUCCCCAUUCUCUUUUGAAAUUUUUCAUGCUGAACACCUGUAGUUUUUUCUGUUAAGCAUGAUAAUAUUAAAAGUGUAAGCAAAUGUA